UUUCUUCAUGUCUAAAUUCUAGUAAUCAUCCUUGAAUUUAGCUUAAUCAUAGUUUGUAAUACAAGUAUCCUACUGGCUUACAAUUCAUCAAUUAGAUUAAACCAUUGGCUUAGCUGUUAUUUCCUAGUCAUCACCAAACGAGAAGCCUUGCACAUAAGAUAUAGUACUCUCUUAUUAUAAAUAGUCCUCAAGUAGUUUAAUUUCUACAAAUAUUAUUCAUAUGCAACAUUCAUUAAAGAUGACUCAUGUGGAAAAGAAUAACCAACAAGAAGAAGUAGCAUGUGAAGAGAUACUAGAGAAUGUUUGGGCAAACUUCAUAUCCAAGAAUGAUCAAAGGGUGACAAGUGAAUGUUCCGAAAAAUAUUGGGGACAACUUCCCAUUCUUGAAAGGUUGCCAAGCUUAGGGAGAUGGAUAACAAUGGGAGCUGAAACUUGGGAGGAGAUUCUUGAUGGAAUUAUUGCGCCUCCUAAUGACAACAAAAAUUCAAACGACGAACCAACAAGCAAAGAUGAAGACGUCGUCAGAGUUGAGAAGAAGAAGAUGGUAAUUAAUACGCGGCAUUAUAGAGGGGUAAGAAGGAGGCCAUGGGGAAAAUACGCGGCGGAGAUAAGGGAUUCAUCAAGAAAAGGAGCUAGGGUUUGGCUGGGGACUUUCAAUACUGCCGAAGAAGCUGCCAUGGCUUAUGACAAGGCGGCUUUGAGAAUUAGAGGUCCCAAGGCCUACUUGAAUUUCCCUCUUGAAAAUGUUGCUCAAUCUAUGGGAAUAUCUAAUUGUCCUCACGAAAAAGAAUGGACCUUUUCAUCAUCAGCUUCACAAAUGAGUAGUGCAUAUAAUUCAAGGAAAAGAGUAUCUAGGGAUUGGAACAUGUAUGAGGAUUUGGAUAUAAUUAAUCAAUUGCCUGUGCAAAAGAGAAUUACGAGAAGCAUGGAGGAGCAUCUUGGCAGUGACUUGGAUAUCCUAGAGUUUGAAGAUCUUGGAAGUGAUUAUUUGGACAGUUUAUUAGCCUCUUUGUGAUAGAAGAAAUAAUAAGUUUUAGAUACAAUAUUAGGGAAGAUACAGGGUAAGGGUAAAUUCUUGGAUGUUACGUAGAGGAAUUAUUUGUAGAAUAAUUUUGUACAAAAUUAUCUGCCACUAGAUUUUAGUCAUCACCGUAUUAUCUUUCAUGAAUGUUGAGUUGCAAAUACAAUAUUUUUUUGUAUGUUUAUCCUACUACUAGUAGCAUGAGGCCUGUGCUAAGCCCGGCCCCAAACUCAUGAGACAAGAGUAGUAAAUUUAAUUUAGAAAAUAUAACUUGUGUCACAUUUUCUAUUGCA